AUGCCUUUCGUGCAGCGCGCCGUGGAACCAAAGUAUCUAUCAAGGACAAGUUUACGAGACAGCGAUGGAAAGCCGAAGGUUUCGGACGAGGAGCUGCAAGCAGUCACGAACUGCACCCUGAGCAAUGCGUUGAGACAACUCGCCUCUUUAGUGCUGUUAGCAGAAGAUAUCUUUAGCGAGUUGACCGCGCAGCUUCAGGACAUAACAGAGCGUUCAAAAGUAGCGCAGUCGAAGAUUACCAAUAUCAACGAACUCGUUGAACAAUAUGACCCCAAGAAAGUGCCAGUCCGUAAGUAA